AUGUCUCCUAAGGAAGACAUAUCAGAAAAAUGGCGCGAAAUUCAAGGUGAGAUUGUGAAAUAUGGAGAGUUCGCGCAAGCAACGUAUGAUGCCUUCGAUUUUGAUUCAUUUUCGGAGUAUUGUGGGAGUUGUAGAUAUAAUGAAAAUAGACUUUUUGAUAAAUUAGGCCUUAAUAAGCAUGGCUAUAAGGUGACUAAGUACAUUUAUGCUAUGUCACAUAUAGAUUUGCCACGGUGGCUUGAGAGGUCUCACUUGGUCUCACUUGGUGGACAAAUGGAGCAAAUACUCAAAUUGGAUGGGAUUCAUAGGAGUGCAUUGCCUCUCCUCACUGCUUAUGAAGCUGCUUCCUCUCUCCCUGGCCUUCAUGUUAGCAUUAUAUCAUUCGAUGCGCCUAGGGUUCGGAACAUAGCUUUUCGAGAUGAGUUGCACCAAAUGGGAAUAAAAACACUACGCACUGUAGGUAAGCAAGAUUUAGUCCCUCGCAUGCCCGGGCUUGUUUUCAAUGAAAGCCUACAGAAGUUUGAUGACAUAACUGGAACACUAGACUGGGUUUACACACAUGUUGGAGCUGAAUUGAAGCUUGAUGUAUGGUCUUCUCCUUAUCUCAAACACAGAUUUAACGCCUUAGGGUUCCAUAUGCUGGAGACUUACCUUCAUCUAGUAGAUGGGUUCCACAGUAAGACCUCAACAUUUAGGUCUGAUGGUAGAAGGGACGUUGCUUUGGUGAACAAGACCUGUGACAUGCUUGUGGAUGAACUGAGGAUUCCUCAUUUUUGGUACCAACUGGCCAACAAGGGAUUAGAAUGCAAUGAACAUGGCAGGUGGGUUAAACCCAAAAGAGACCCAGAAGACAUACCUUUUCCUACUAGCCAAACACACACCCACGUAAUUGAGAUGCAGGAGAAUUAUGGACUUAUACCAUUGUUCAGUUUAUAG